UGGGACUAAAUGAAGAGCAAAAAGAAUUUCAGAAAGUGGCCUUCGAUUUUGCUGCCCGAGAGAUGGCUCCAAAUAUGGCAGAGUGGGACCAAAAGGAGCUGUUCCCAGUGAAUGUGAUGCGGAAGGCAGCCCAGCUCGGGUUUGGAGGGGUCUAUGUACGCACAGAUGUGGGUGGGUCUGGACUGUCGCGGCUUGAUACCUCUGUCAUCUUUGAAGCCUUGGCUACAGGCUGCACCAGCACCACAGCCUAUAUAAGCAUCCACAACAUGUGUGCCUGGAUAAUUGAUAGCUUUGGAGAUGAGAAACAGAGGCACAAGUUUUGCCCACCACUCUGUACCAUGGAGAAGUUUGCUUCCUACUGCCUCACUGAACCAGGAAGUGGGAGUGAUGCUGCAUCCCUUUUGACCUCAGCUAAACGACAAGGAGAUCAUUACAUCCUCAAUGGCUCCAAGGCCUUCAUCAGUGGUGGUGGUGAAUCAGACAUCUACGUGGUCAUGUGCAGGACGGGAGGACCAGGCCCCAAAGGCAUCUCAUGCAUAGUUGUGGAGAAGGGGACCCCUGGCCUCAGUUUUGGCAAGAAGGAGAAAAAAGUGGGGUGGAACUCCCAGCCAACCCGAGCCGUGAUCUUCGAAGACUGUGCUGUCCCUGUGGCUAACAGAAUUGGGAGCGAGGGGCAGGGCUUCCUCAUCGCCAUGAAAGGACUGAACGGAGGGAGGAUCAACAUUGCUUCCUGCUCUCUGGGGGCUGCUCAUGCCUCGGUCAUCCUCACCCGAGACCACCUCAGCGUCCGCAAGCAGUUUGGAGAGCCUCUGGCCAGUAACCAGUACCUGCAAUUCAAACUGGCUGAUAUGGCAACAAGACUGGUGGCCUCGCGGCUGAUGAUCCGCAGUGCAGCAGUGGCUCUGCAGGAGGAACGGCAAGAUGCAGUGGCCCUCUGCUCCAUGGCCAAGCUCUUUGCUACAGAUGAAUGCUUUGCUAUCUGCAACCAGGCUUUACAGAUGCAUGGAGGCUACGGCUACUUGAAGGAUUAUGCUGUUCAGCAGUAUAUGCGGGACUCCAGGGUCCACCAGAUUCUAGAAGGUGGGACCUGCACUCUGCAUGUUGGCAGCAGCAUCGGCUAUCAGACUCGAGCAGAGUCCUUGGAAGAACUGGAAGAGCUGCCUGAUGAGAAAUGUCAAAGAAGACCUUGAUUUCCCUAAUGCCAGGAAGGUGACCAGUGAAGACCACCUUCAAAACAAAGUCCUUUUUGUGACCAGCUUUGUCUUGAUUUGUGUGCGUUUUGCUGGUUCACUGGAUCCCUCUUCUAGCGGCCUGGGUCCUUCCACUGGAGGAAAAGUGCCCUCCUGUCUGUCCCUGUUCUCUGCGCCACAGCUAGAGAUGCAGAAGUUGUCUCUGGACAGCCUCCUCUGUGCAUAAAUCAUAAUGAGAUGAAUAUUUGGGAAACUACUUGUGAGCUGUGAUUUGGGUGCAUUUCCACUUCUGGAGUGCCUGAAUGUCAAGGGCUGAGAUAAUUCAGAAUUUUGAAUAUUUGUUGUUGGGUUUUUUGUUUGUUUUUUAGAAGCCUAUGUAUCCAGGGAUUCUAUAACCCUUCCUGAUAAGUACUUUUAGUAUAUUUUUUUUCUGAGUUUUUGUUUUCUUUUUUGAAGUUGGAACUCUUUAAAUAUUUUUAAUCACUACAUUGAUAAAUAAAAUUUACCCCUUUCCGUACUGUCUCUGGUUCUACUAAAGUUGGUUUUCAUUAUAUCUUUUUAGCUAAGUCUUUAUAAUUGUUUUUA